CCGCCAUUGGCCGCCGAGUGUGGGAACGGCCGCGGCGCCCGGACCCCAGGCGCCGGGCCACUGCCCGCGCCUAUAUAGGGCUGGCGCGCGGGGCUCGGGGCCGCGCCAGCCCGGGACGCCUGGCUUUGCCCGCUCCGCUCCGUUCCCCAUCGCCUCCAGAGCGCCAGGCAUGGCCCCAAGCACCGUGGCGGUGGAGAUGCUCAGCCCCAAGGAGAAAAACCGACUGCGCAAGCCGGUGGUGGAGAAGAUGCGCCGGGACCGCAUCAACAGCAGCAUAGAGCAGCUGAAGCUGCUGCUGGAGCAGGAGUUCGCGCGGCACCAGCCCAACUCCAAGCUGGAGAAGGCCGACAUCCUGGAGAUGGCCGUCAGCUACCUGAAGCACAGCAAAGCGUUCGCCGCAGCCGCCGGCCCCAAGAGCCUGCACCAGGACUUCAGCGAGGGCUACUCAUGGUGCCUGCAGGAGGCCGUGCAGUUCCUGACCCUGCACGCCGCCAGCGACACGCAGAUGAAGCUGCUGUACCACUUCCAGCGGCCCCCCGCUCCCGCCGCGCCUGCCAAGGAGCCCCAGGCGCCCGGCGCCGCGCCCCUGCCGGCGCGCUCCUCCGCGAAGGCCGCCACCGCCGUCUCCACCUCGCGCCAACCCGCCUGCGGCCUCUGGAGGCCCUGGUGACCCCGCGGGGCCCGGAGCGGAGCGAAGGAGGAGCGCGCUCCUCUCGCUCCUCUCUCCCCAGCCGCCGCUCAGCCCCGGGUUGGCCGCACCUUCCUGCGAAGGCUCCCUCCCCAGGCUGGCUGGCCAGCAGGAGGCUCAUUCUUCAGAGAAUGUGUGUGCAGAGUUGUCAUUCAGGGACAGUCGGGGCCCGCCCUCUGCCGCGCGUCCGACCCUGUGGGGUUGUUUUGUGUUUGCAUUUCAGCAAGUGACUUCUGGGAAGUUCCCUGUCACCGGGAGUUCUAUGACAUUUGUAGUCAGGGGUGGCUCACCCCAGCCCGUAGAGGACUUUCUUCGGGGCCCGCUGCUGCUGGGCCAGCACCCUGCAGGCGGGCCGUGCCCUGGGCACACUUGCCUUUUGUGAAGGCGGAACAACAGGUGUUUCCUCAUAGGAAAGCACUCAGCCUGCGUGGACAUAGGCCAAUGGGACCUCGCCUAAAGAUCCACGUGGCCUUAGCUGUCUAAUACAGGCUCAUAGUGGGCUGUCUGGGAGGGUAGGGUCUCCAUGAUGAUCCUUAAAGGAUUCCUUUGCGUGGGUGGGUGCGUGUGGGCACGGUUUUGUACUUAGAAUUUCAACGCUUCCUCAUGUGGGAGACCACAGGCUGCUCUGAAGGCUUCUAAUAAAACUUCCAGCCCUCUG